CACCAUUUUGUAAAAUGCAUCAGAUCUCCAUUUACCUGCGUUUUCUAGAUUUUUUGCCAUCGCUUUGAGGUUUUAUUUUUGCGCCGCUGGAGAAGCAAGUGUGCAAUGGCGACUCCAACUUCGCGUUAUCCAGCAGCUGAGGGGUCCAGUGGUGUGGUGACGACUUGGCUACCUCUCACGACCGUCUAUCCCAUUGUGCCGCGCUGCAAGAAUGAAUUCUAUUCCCCUAACAAUAUGACACAAAUUUUUGCCUACGAUCCUAAUCAGAAUGCCCUUACCUUUUCGACCAAAUGCUGGCCCUCAGAAGCACGAUCGUGGUGGAAUCAGGAAACUGAUGCAACAGCGAUCACUUCACUAGGACCAUUUGUAUGCCCAGAAGCAUAUACCGCCGUCGUUACCGAAGUAGUAAAUCCGGGCUCUACACUAACGGGUUGCUGUCCUAGUGGCUAUGAUCUCUCAUCGUUGAUGUCUCAACCAUAUGCCGGCGAAUGCACAUCUAGCUUUACAUCCGGCGCCACGAUUACAUAUGUUAGCAGUUGGACACCUGGAGCAGAUGGAUACACGACAAUUACUACUGUGUUGGAAACUGCUCAUGCGAUCCAGGCUGUGCAGAUAAAUGGAUAUAAUUUUGAUGGCAAUUCCGCAGAAUCCACCGUGACGGCUUUUAGUUCGAGGACAAGUUCGAGCACAAGUUCCGGAUCUGCGUCGGGUUUCAAUACGGCAUUAGCAACUUCUGGAUCUACACUUAGCGCAUCUGAAGCCGCAGCCACAUCCGCAAUUUCGAUACCUCCAGCAAGUAAUAAUUCGGGACUUAGCACCGGAGCAAAAAUUGGUCUGGCUGUCGGUAUCUCAGUCGGCGUAAUCGUCAUUGCGGCUCUCAUUAGCAUUAUUUAUUUCAUGCGAAGAAAAGGCUAUGGCACAGCACCACAACAAGAUACCCCAUACUCGUCAUCCGAAGUUAAGAUGGGCCAAAUCACUUCUCUUCCAUCAUCACUUGGAUCCGAAGUUCCGCAUGAGUUACACAGUAUGCCGGUCCACGAAAUCAACGGAUCGACUUCUGCCGAGCUGGAUGGAAAUCAUGGUUAUUGAUAUUGAUAUUGAUAUUGAUAUUGAUAUUGAUAUUGAUAUUGAUAUUGUAUUUGAUGGUACAUAUAUAUACAUAUGUGUGUUUGUAUGGACGGGAAAUAAUUGCAUAGCGAAGGUGUUCUAGGCAUAAUAUGGGAUAAUGUAGCGAUUGGAAUUCCUUGGUGGGAGUUUUUAUUCCUGAGUUUAGAGAUGUUGGGGAUCUUAUUCCUCACAGUUAUAUAUGAAGAACAUGAAGUACAAUGUAAAUAAUGGUAUCUAUGGUUCAAUUUCCAGAGUUGGCGUUUGGGUGUAUUUGGAAUUCUUUGACUGAGCGGAAAGCUAAUUCGAGGUUGGGUAUUAAUGUAUAGCAGAUUCACCUCGUUUGUAACUUAAAGUGCUAUAUCUUCCCUGUUCCGGCGU